AGGGUGAUGAUAGCAAGAAAGAUUGAAAUGGAAGUACUCUGUUGUCGUGCUGGUUAUGCGAUUACUGUUGCAGAAUGACUUUGACGCCAUCUUCAUCGUAUCACAUGGAACUCAAAUUGCUUCUCAUUCUAACGCUCGUUUCUGCAACUGCUACGGCUGAAUACGUUCGCCCUCUGCCUCGAAAAUCCUUAUCCAUCCCAUGGGAUUCAUUUUCCAAGGCUCGCUCUUAUCCUCAGCAGGUACACAUUUCCUUGGCAGGGGAGAAGCACAUGAGAGUUACCUGGAUAACCGAUGAUAAACAUUCGCCUUCAUAUGUAGAAUAUGGAAAAUUACCAGGGAAAUAUGACUCAGUUGUUGAAGGAGAGUACACCUCUUAUAAUUAUAUGUUAUAUAGCUCAGGAAAGAUACACCAUGCUGUAAUUGGGCCUUUGGAAGAUAAUUCAGUGUACUUUUACCGAUGUGGUGGAAAAGGUCCUGAGUUUCAGCUAAAAACUCCACCAGCUCAAUUUCCGAUUACUUUUGCAGUGGCUGGAGAUCUGGGUCAAACUGGUUGGACUAAAUCGACAUUAGCUCAUAUUGAUCAGUGCAAAUAUGAUUUAUACCUGCUUCCAGGUGACCUUUCAUAUGCUGAUUGUAUGCAACAUCUGUGGGACAAUUUUGGUCAACUAGUAGAACCCCUUGCUAGUACAAGGCCAUGGAUGGUAACAGAGGGAAAUCAUGAAAAGGAGUACAUACCAUUGUUAGAGGAUGGGUUUCUAUCCUAUAAUUCCCGAUGGAAAAUGCCAUUUCAGGAAAGUGGAUCUACUUCAAAUCUCUAUUAUUCUUUUGAAGUUGCAGGUGUUCACAUUAUCAUGCUUGGCUCCUACGCCGAUUAUGAUAGGUACUCGGAACAAUACAGAUGGUUGAAGGCUGAUCUGUCAAAGGUGGACAGGAAAAGGACCCCUUGGCUGCUUGUGUUAUUUCAUGUGCCUUGGUAUAAUAGUAACAGGGCUCAUCAAGGUGCCGGGGAUGAUAUGAUGGAAGCCAUGGAGCCAUUGCUUUAUGCUGCAAAUGUUGAUUUAGUUAUCGCUGGUCAUGUUCAUGCUUAUGAACGUUCGAAACGUGUGUAUAAUGAAAGAUUGGAUCCCUGUGGUGCGAUCCAUAUAACUAUUGGUGAUGGAGGAAAUAGAGAAGGCUUAGCUCAUAGGUACAUAAACCCACAACCAAAGUGGUCAGAAUUCCGUGAAGCCAGUUUUGGUCAUGGUGAGCUAAAGAUUGUAAACACCACUCAUGCCUUCUGGAGUUGGCACAGGAAUGAUGAUGAUGAGUCAGUAAAAGCUGACGAUAUCUGGAUAACCUCUUUGGUCAGCUCGGGAUGUGUCAAUCAGAAGAGACACGAGCUCAGGAGUAUGCUUAUGACACCCUAAAAGACCCCCAUCUGCUAGUGUCAUUCCUUAACUAUGUGGAUUAGCAAGAGUUUGGUAUAUACAUAGACAAUGAGAAGAUUCCUCAGAUUAGUCUAUGCCACAACUAGUAGCUUAGUUGUGCUGGGCUUCUGUCAGCAGAGUGACUAAAAUGAGGCAUUUUAGUACAUAGUUUCUGGUUGUACUUGUAUUUAAAAUUUUAAAUACUCCAAGGACUUGGAAUAGCCUGUAUAUGGCGUGCAAUGCUAGUUGUCUCUUUGCAUUUGAUCACAUUGCUUAUAUAGUCUGAACUUGGUAAGAUUGGUUCUAU